AUGAACGCCAAGGAGUUUAGACUCGCUGGGGAAAAGAAGACCUUUCAAGCACAAAUCAUUGACGACGGUUUCAAGCACUCUCUCAUGGUUUACCAAGACGUCGCGACGCAAGGCUUCCGCCUCCACGCCGCGGUAUGGGACGGCGAACUCCGUCUAUGUCCCGUCUGGACUGCCUUCGUCACGCACCAGUCCGCCUCGCCGACCUGGCUCCGACGCAAAAGCCGCCACCGCGUCUGGCUCACGGAUAUCCAGCUCUACGUUUUCUGCAAGAGGUACCGCCAGCAGAACCAGCGAAAGGGCGAAGCCGGCGCCUUCGAGAUCAACUUCGUCUCGGAGGGCGGCGCGGCGCACUUCCACGAGGCGUUUUGCUCCACGCCCUCGGAACCGUCCACCGGUUCGCCGGAGGCCAUCGAGGAUGCCAAGUAG